AUGGAGUCCUCUUUACCCUCACCAGAUGCCACACCACUGCUACCACCGCCAGGCGGCGCGGAUUUAAGCUCCCUCAUGGCCUCGUUUUUCAACCCUUCUCUCCCCGUCUUGAUCGUGACGGUUAUUGUCAUUUUCUUGACCCCUUUACUGAUCCACACAUUAAUAUUUCGAUCACGCGCCGCGACCACUCUACCUACAUUUCUCCUUGUUGGCCCAGUUGGCGGUGGGAAAACUUCUCUUAUGACAGCUUUUGAAUCCGAAACGGAAAGUGGGAAGCCUCCUCCGGAUACCCGUACCAGCCAAAGCCCUUUGUCGCUUGAAUGUUCAAUCUCUGCUGCUAUCGCGGGAACGUCCAAAUACCGCUCGGCCAAUGAUCCUUCAAUGAAAUCAUACCUUAAGUUUCUCCUUUCCGAUACCCCCGGCCACGGAAAAUUGCGUCACCUUGCAUUGUCUCAGAUCUCAUCUCCUGUCAUCCGUGGCGUCAUCUUUGUUCUUGACUCUUCAUUGACCGACGUUCGUGGGACCGCCGAAUACCUUUACGAUGUUCUUUUGGCAAUGCAAAAGGUUGCCUCCGCAUCUGGUGCUACGUCUUCGCAACCUAAACGGCUGUUGAUUGCCUGCAACAAGAGUGAUGUGUUUACCGCGCUCCCUGCUGGAAAGAUACAAAAGCUCUUGGAGGAAGAGAUUACCAAGAUGAGAGUCUCAAGGUCCAAGGGUAUUCUUGAUGUUGAAGACGAUGGUGAAGGUAACGAGGAGAAGGAGUGGCUUGGUGAGGGUGGAGAAGGUCCAUUCGAAUUCAAGGCUAUGGAAGAAGUGGGCGUGGAGGUGGAAGUAAAGGGCGGAAGUGUUGAAAAGAAAGACUGGAAAGAGAAAUUGAGCGCGUUCAUUGGGGGCUGCCUAUAG